UUAUUUUCAUUUAUAACUGUGUAAAUCCAAUCUUUUAAACCAUUAUAUAAAAUUCAACAGUGAUGUUCUUUUGCUUAUUACUCAUUAUUGUCACAUUGUCACAUUUCUGAAAUAGGUGACUCAUUCGGGUGAAGUAAAUCUACAUAAAUAAAACCCCAAAUAUCUUAUGGAGGUAUUCACAUUAAGCGUGAAUGCAGUUGGGCUGUUAAACUUGAGAACAGAAUAUCACCUAUCAGAAAAUUAAUUUUUUAAGUAUAUACCAUGUCGCUCGCCAUGUCGAUUUGCAUCAGUCCUAAUGUGAUUCUUGAACUCGAACUGUGUAUUUGAUAUUAAUGUAUACACUUCCUUUUGUUUCAUGUUCAAUUUGGAAUAUUCGCGGAUAUUUGUUCGUCUGUUUCUGUAGCAUUGGUUAGUUUGGCCUUUGCGGGAUCUAUUGGCAUGACCUUAGUGAUAUUAGCUUGUGCCCUACCUCAAUAUAAAUUAUGGUGGCCAUUCUUUGUAGUGUUAUUUUACGUACUAGCACCUAUUCCAACAUUAAUGGCACGACGUUAUACGGAACAUCAAGGUUCUAGUAAUGCCUGCAUGGAAGCCGCCGUCUUUAUAACAAUGGGCCUAGUUGUCAGUUCAUUUGCACUCCCAAUUGUGCUUGCACGUGCGCCACACACUGAUCCCACCAUCGCAUGGGGAUCUUGUUACUUAACUCUUGCUGGAAAUGUGGUUGUGUAUUUAACGCUACUUGGAUUCUUCGUUACAUUUGACCAAGAAGAUUCUGAUUAUAAUAUGUGGUAAUUUUGGCAUCAGUAUGUAUACAGAUUCUGUCUUUAUUUAUGUUAUAUUUUCAUGUACAAAUAUUAAAAUAUUAAAUUAUGUGACUUAGUGUUUUAUAAUGAAUUGUAUUUUUAUUAUAUGUGUUUAUAAACAGUG